UGCCCUCUCACGGGGGCAGAGCAGGCAGUAUGCAGGCUAGUGCACCGUGGCCCUCGACCUCAGGCCAUGCUCAAACCCUUACACUUGGAGUUAAAGGUAUUUGUGGACAAGGCACUUGGCAAGGAAAAACAAAGGUACUGGAUGGAGGCAUCCUGCUUGGAGCUAGCCUUGGAAGGGGAGCGCCUGUGCAAGGCAGGGGACUUCAAAGGUGGGACAGCGUUCUUUGAGGCGGCUGUGCAGGUUGGCACGGAGGACCUGAAGACCCUCAGCGCCAUCUACAGCCAGCUGGGUAAUGGCUACUUCUACCUGAAAGAGUAUGGGAAAGCCCUAGAGUACCACAAGCAUGACCUUACUCUCGCCAGGACAAUUGGAGAUCGAAUCGGUGAGGGAAAAGCCAGCGGUAACCUUGGCAACACGCUCAAGGUGCUUUGUCGUUUCGAUGAGGCCACCGUCUGCUGCCAGAGACAUUUGGAUAUCGCUCAAGAGCAAGGCGACAAGGUGGGUGAAGCCCGGGCACUUUACAACAUUGGGAACGUGUUCCAUGCUAAAGGCAAGCAGCAGUUGUGGGGCUGUACACAGGAGCCUGGAGACCUCCCCCCUGAUGUUAGAGACACGUUACAAAGGGCGACAAGCUUUUACGAGAUGAACUUGUGUUUGGUCAAAGAACUGGGCGAUCGGGCUGCCCAGGGGAGAGCAUACGGGAACUUGGGCAAUACGCACUACCUUUUGGGAAACUUUGUGGAAGCCAUCAAGUUCCACAGGCAGAGAUUAUCCAUCGCCAAGGAGUUUGGUGACAAAGCAGCAGAGCGAAGAGCCUACAGCAAUUUGGGCAACGCUUUGAUAUUCCUGGGUCAGUUCAAUACUGCCACGGACUACUACAAGAAAACUCUGCAGCUGUCGCGGCAGCUAAGGGACCAGGUGAUGGAGGCGCAGGCCUGCUACAGUCUUGGAAACACCUACACACUUUUACAGCAGUAUGAGAGAGCCAUAGAGUAUCACCUUAAGCACCUGUAUAUUGCUCAGGAUCUUACAGACCGGGUUGGCGAAGGCCGAGCCUGUUGGAGCCUGGGAAAUGCCUACGUGUCCUUAGCCAAUCACAAACAAGCACUUCACUACGCUCGGAAACAUCUGAAGAUCUCCAAAGAAAUUGGGGACAGGAAUGGCGAGCUGACCGCUAGGAUGAAUGUGGAGCAGCUGAUGGAAGCAUUGGGUGUUAGCGACGGUGACCUUUCACCUUCAAGUUCAGAGUUUGAGAUGCAAGGAGCGAGGCCCAAAUUCACCAAGAGAAACAGCAUGGACAGCGUGGAGCUGUGGAAGUUGUCUUCCUAUAAGGACGGUGAGGGUCACGAGGUGGAAAGCAUACCCAGAAGGUUCAAGAAUCCGACUGCACAAAUGGAAAAAGGGAAAGGCUAUCCCGACAGCCAGUCUUCGGACGAAAGGCCCUGGUUGGACUCUCCUGUGGACACAGAAGACAUUAAUUUGCAAGUCCCACCUCUGGUGCCAAAACUUGGCCGUGACCCUUCCGAUGAGGACUGCUUUUUUGACCUGCUCAGCAAGUUCCAAAGCAGCCGCAUGGACGACCAGCGCUGCCACCUCGAUGAACCGCACGACGGCAACGGGCGAGAUGGUGCCACUCUGAGUGACAUGAUCGAUCCCGCGAUGACCACUUCUCCCCAGACAGAGGAACUGUUUGAUCUGAUCGCCAGCUCUCAGAGUCGCCGCCUGGACGACCAGCGCGUUAACGUGGGGAACCUUCCGGGUCUCAGAAUCACACAGAACAACCUGGGACACCUAGUAGGCGAAGCAGAGCAGGAGCCCACUGACGACUUCUUCAACAUGCUCAUCAAGUGCCAGUCCUCUCGUAUCGAUGACCAGCGGUGUUCCCCACCCGAAGCGGGACCUCACGCCCCCACGGUUCCCGACGAGGAUUUUUUCAGUUUAAUCCAGCGAGUGCAGGCCAAGCGCAUGGAUGAGCAGCGAGUCCACCUGUCCAAUGAUGAGCAGGACAGCCCAGAAGAGGAAUCUCCUGAUCCCGAGCCACCUGGCGGGUUCCCUAGCUAG